AUGGGCAACUCAUCGAGCACGCCCAAGAUAUCCGCCCAGGAUAGGUCAGCCACCAUGUCCCUGUCCGCCGUCGCGACCACUCUUCUGACCCUCGCUANNAGGGCUAUCCUUGACAUGAAGAACCAGCGCGAUAAGCUACACCAAUACCAGAAGCGCAUCACCAUCAUUACCAACCGAGAGAAAGAGAUUGCCAAAGAGUGUUUGCGGAAUGGCGACAAGAGACGCGCUCUACUUGCCCUGAGGAAGAAGAAGUACCAAGAGUCAUUACUCGCCAAAACCGAUCAGCAAUUGGCUCAACUCGAGACCCUCACGAGCGACGUCGAAUUCGCCCUCGUCCAAAAAGAUGUUGUCUUCGGUCUGCAGCAAGGCACAAAAGUCCUGAAAGAGAUACACAAGGAGAUGGGUGGCCUAGAACGCGUCGAGCUCAUCUUGGGCGAGAACGAGGAGGCCCAGGCAUAUCAGAAUGCACGUUACUCUAUUCGCUUGAACAGCUAUACACGCAUACUGACAGUCUUGCAGGAGAUCAAUGAAAUGCUCGGCACGAGGAUGACCAACCAAGAGGAGGACGAAGUCGAGGAUGAGCUCGAAGCUCUAGCGGCAGAGGCAAACAAGCAGAAAAGGCCGAGCACAGUGGAAGAGGGAGUCAUCGCGCCUAUGCCCAAUGCACCUACAGAUGCACCCAAAGAGACGGCAAAAGAACGAGCGGCAAGACGAGCAAGAGAACGAGGGACGGACAACGGUCCCGAGCCUAUACUUGCAUGA